AUGUUAUUUCCACUUAAUUUAGGUCAUGACGGUGGUCAAUUUCUGUUGUCAGACCACAUACAACAGUGGCCAAUUUUUGUUGUUAGACCACAUAUGAUGGUAGCCAAUUUUUGUCAUCAGACCACAUACGAUGGUGACCAAUUUUUGUUGUCAGACCACAUACGACAGUGGUCAAUUUUUGUCGUCAGACCAUAUGAUGACUGUGGUCAAG